AUGUCUAUAACUGGUUCACUGGUGGGGUAUGAGAACGGCGGUGAUAUAACGAUGGUUUCGAAGAAGAACCGAUCAUUGCUCAACAUCACCGCCACCUCGACUGCUUCGUCCAAGCAAUGCCAAAGCCUCAACUCAAGCAUAUCGCACAGCAGCGUAGUGCUGACGAGCAACACCUCCACCCAGUACGUGCCCAACGCUGGCUCACUACGGCGGCAAGCAAACGCGAGCGACAUCAACCCCGGGAAACAUCGACGCCGUCGGCUUCAUCUUAACACGCUCUGGUCCAUCUGGUACGGCAUUCUGAUGACGCUUCUGCAGGGAUACCUGAUCGUACAGGGCACCCACCGGUACAUCGGGCUGUCCGCACUGACCUGGAAAUACGAAAAACCCACGACCGAACUCGACAUACAGAUCGUGUUCUGUGGAUUGGUGGUCCUGUUUCUGCCACUACUGCUCGCCUCGGCACUGUUUCGCGUAGGCAACCUGGCAAACGAUGGUAUGAAACUGGCCUCGGGCACUAAGCUCUGGCAUGGUUCAACCCCGUCCGGCCAUGAUGGGCUGGAAGAGGAAGCAUUCGAAGGAACUUUGCGUUCUCUAUGGAUUCACGGUGGUCCAACAUCCGCCUUCAUACAUAUCAUCACGGCAAUCUGUCUGCUUUUACCUCGAUUGCUGCUAGAAGCAAAAGUGAUUGAAAACGGACUCCUACCAAGAGAGCACGUUUGGCGCACAGAUCUCGACUUUAUGGUCACGCACAGCGACCGGCUGGUGGUGCUGUCGUUCAUGACCUCCUCCCCGACGUACCCAAACAUGACCAAAGCUCGUCCACCGAUGAGCGAACUGGAGCGCAAGCUGUACCGCAACGGGUACUUCGAGCAGAGCGAUCUGGUGGAGAAGUUUUCCGACUACGAUGAUGACAUCGGUUCGCUCGAUACCAUCGAUGAAGCGUUCCGCACGCAUGAAGCACUCGAGAUGGGUACCGUGUUUGGGGCCAGCUCUUCGAUAGCUAUUUCCACGAUGGAAAACUUCAAUGCAGCGGGUGAAAACCCCACUACACUGCACACGCUACCGCCGGUACGCAACCUUAUCACAACGACGGAGGUACCACGACUGAAACAACCAGCAGCUACGCUGGGUACCGGUCCGAACGCUAGUCUCGAACGAACCAGUAACCGAGAAAGCCGUCGGAAAGACGCGAACCGUAACAACCACCACCGAAAGCCAUCACACUCGGCAACGAACGGGAAGGGACACGUGGGAGGGAAGGGAAAAUCCCAUCAUGGCAACCAUCAUCACCAUCAGCACGGACAACACCAUCCGGAGCAUCGGAAUCGUUACCAAGAGGAGAUAGAUACACGGCUGGAGCUAGAGGAACAGCAGGAACUUGACUGGAGUUUGCUCAAUCAACCCGAAGGUACACCGACCCUCAUCGAAGCAUCCGCCGGAAGCGGUAAGAGGGUAUCCACCAAAUCGAAACAAUACAGCACGAACUCACCUACAAUGCCUGCUCCACCCGGCACAGCGAGAACUACCGCUUCAAAGUCCGAUACUAGCCAGCUGAAGCGUCCCACAACUGCUCAACCAAUCACCACCACCACGAUCUCCACCACGCCUACCGUUGGUUCGAUUGUUACGAAAAAACCCACAACCACCGCAUCUUCCAAGGACAGUGACAUUCACAUCCUUAAACCGGUCAAUCUGCCCGAGAACAUCAUACCCUCCACACCGGUCACGACCAACUCCAAGAUCAUCGAAAUUAAGCCAAAGGCAACAACGGCAAUGUCCAGCUCUUCCGGCGCACUGUCCAGGGCCUCCUUGGUCAGUCGGAAAAGCAAACGUUCCGAACCGCUGACGGUGGCGGAAACCUUCAGCAGCGAAAGUUUGGAAAGCAUCGAAAACAUCCCGAGCGUUGAUGAGGACGAGUUCAUCAUUAAGGAUGAGAACGGUAUGGAGAUAAAGCCAGCGUUCCUGAUUGGUGCCGCACCGGGGAAUCUUACCCUACGCACGAUGCAACUUACCGGCUUUCCCGCCGUGCUUGCAAAUAUCUUUGGAUCACCGAUCGAGCGUCAGUUUAGUGCCGGUUCGGCAUGGGCCGGUGUGCCGUGCCUGGAGUUUGUCAAUCUUGCCAUCGCGUUGGCGGUGUGGGCCGUCCGCUAUCCGUCCGUCUUUUGGCAUACGUCCAAAUCGUUCGCCUGUCUGUUCAGCCUGCAGAUGAUUGCGAACGGUGCGGACAUUCUGCUCAGCUUUGCUGGUGCUAGCGUGCUGUACAAGCUGCAAACGCUCGGUCAGGCGCUGCCCCUGCAAGCACCGCCACUCAUCCUGAACGGCACGGUCACAAUCGCACUCACCAUCCUUGCGCUUAUCCUCACGAUAGCUUCGUCGAUGGUGCUGUAUCUGUACGGGCAUGGGAAGUUAGCGGCGAAGGUACGCGAUCGUCGCAUGAUCACAGCUAAACAGAGUGCGGACGUUUGGGCAUACUUUGCCCACUGUUCCUCCCUCUGCUUCGUGCUGGCACUGGCCGUCGUGAAGGCUCCACUGAUGCACGAUCUCAGCGCCACCUACCGGGGAAGCCUAGAUGGUGCUGUACUUGCUGCGGCACUUGGCUCCGUAAUACAUCUGUUUCUGUGGAUCGUCUUGUGGUUGGGGCUGACGGCCAAACGUCGCUGGCACUUCAAACUGCCCCCGCUGGAUGGGGGUCGACUGGUUGGAACUUCCGGUGCUGCAAGCCAACCACUGCUGCGUGCCAAUGUUAGCCUUCGCUCGCCGAACGGUACGCCGGUGAAUGGGCUGCCGGGUGGCCAGGGCGGAGGUCCCGGCGGUGGACCAGGCGGUCCCGGAUCGGGAUCGGGUGGCGAAGAGGAAACCAUCUACUGGCCCAAGAUAGCGCCGAACUCACCGAAGCUCAAAGUAACAUUCAAUGAAGUAACCAGUACGUCCUCCGAACAUGCACACGGUCCUCAUGAACAUGGCAACAAGCGCCAUCCGUCCGGUGGAACCACGAUACGUAUGUCCAGUAUUACGGGGGAAGUUGAUGACGGAGACUACGCUACGCUAAGGGGCCCAGCGGGCGAUCUGCUUCAUCUCGGCCCGUACGAACACCCUGCCCCUUCCGGAUCGCCUCCUCCACCUCCACCACCACCACCCCAGCUGGAUGACUGUGAUCUUCUCGAUGAAGCCAGCAACAGCAACACGCUCGUUGGAAGCGCCAACGAUCAUGCGGACGAUACGUCGGAAGAGGGCAAACUGCUCGCUUGUGUGCGGGACGAUAGUGUCACCUACGCGUCCACACGCGAUCUCGAACCGCCGAUCAGCCGCACGAUGUCGCGCGAAACGUUCAUGCGGUCGCCGGAACAGCUCAGCAGCCCGCUCGCACCGGUCACCGUAACCGUACACAACCACCUGGAGAAUGCUGCACCCGGUUCAACACCACGCUGCCUACGUCGGGCCGAUUCUGGCAUGCCUACGGAAGCGCUAACACCACGGUCCGAUUCCACCUCGACGGAAAGCUCAACGUCACCGCCCGAUUGCCGCGAUGCACCGUCGGAAACGUCCAGCGGGGUGCAUUCGGGCGAGGAGCGUGACGAGGUGGUCAUAAGACCUCGGUCGGGCCCUUACAAAUCCAUCAUAAAGGCACCGCCGCCCGCCAUCCAGGAGGAACCGUUCGGACGCUCGACAAACAUGAAGAUGUCCAGCUUCAACAAGGACGGCACUAGUGCGACGCUGCCGUUAACUCGCGGUGCCGUGGACCUGCACCGGUCGGAAUAUCCCCAGUGCAGCACGAUGCCCCUACCGGCCGGCUAUCAUCAGCAGCACCAGCAGCAUCAUUACCACUCGCAGACUUCUUUUACGCCGCCCAAUUCCGGUUCGCGGCAACAGAUCCAACAGCAGCGGACGACAUUGCCGAACGAUGUGCGGUACGCGACCUCUUCCAACCAGUUCCUCAAGCGGUUACCGUACAUGAAGAAUGCGGAAUCACCGUACGGACAUCUGGGGCUCGGUGCUGGGCAUCACACAUUCUCCAAGCUCCUGCACGACCCGCUGGCCAUGCCGUCGGGCACGGUCGGUAUGCCGGUGCACUCACACUCCAACCAUAGCACCUUCCUGCCGCCGGCCACCAUACCGGAGGAUCGUGAUUCCGCCAACUACUCGAUGAUAUCCGACCAGGAUCGGGAAAUGUAUAUAAAUGCGUCACAGCUAAAUGGCAUGCAGAUGCAGCAUUAG